AUGAAAUGUCAGAGCUUCUUAGAUGUCGUUUCCGGUGAAAUCUCCGUACUCCCAAAUGUUCUUUCGUCCUUUCUUUGCGGCUGCCUCGGUGCUCUUGUAGUCCUUGACAAUCGUUUGGAGACGUGGCUCACGACGUUCAUCGGCGAGUGCGAGUCCCUCUUCGAUGAGCGCUUUUCCGAUGUCGAUCUUCUUGUUUCCACUGUCAAAGUAGACCUGAAAUUUGGAAUUUUUGUGUCCGGAGCGCUCAGCGGUGAAGUGAAGGGAAGCGAGUCCAGCCUCGACGAGAGCCUCGCUCAAGUUGAUUGCUCUGGAGGUGUUUCCGUCUGGAGACACAAACAAGUAACCAACAAAGUUUCCAUUCUUAUCGGUGCUCUCCACCUCCAAUUGGACCUCAUGCUGGAGCACAAGUUUUCGAGUGAAUGCAGCGGCCUCAUCGGCGAAUGGCUCGGCGGCUCCCAUGGUGACACCUCCUGGUCCGACACGAGCUCCCUUUGGACAGUUGAUACCUCCGAGGAGAAGGGUGAUGAGGACGGUCUCCUUUGGGAUGUAGAUACGGAGACGGGAUCCGCCGGAGAGGAAUUCGACGACUCCUUCGGCUCUGGAAGUAAUCUCCUGGAUUCUCAACGUAUCCUUCUUCUCGGCAGUCUUAUCAGCGAACAAUCCCUUCUUUCCCUUCUCAGCGUUAGCCUCGGCAGCCAAAAGAGUGUCGUAUUCGCACGCUCUGUUCUCAUCAUCAGCACGAUGACGGACGACCUUGCUCAGUCCUCUGCUCACGAGUCCUUCGGCGAUAUUGAGGUCUCCGAUCUUGAUAGUGGCGCACGUCUUCUCUGGGAAGGUGUCGGAUUUCGGUUGAACGUAGUCGAUUUGCACUUGAACCUUCUUGCCGAGAAUUCUCUUUCGGAGGAAUUCACGAGCUUGGAACAUGAAUGGCACAUCGUAGAGUGGACGGAAUUGACGGCCUACUGA